CUUGAGGCAGUGGUCAUAGUGCAGCAUAGUUUUUGGACAAUGAGUGCUAUGGAUAGGGUUACAGUUGUGAACUACUGCUUAGGACUCCUGGGUUUGUUACUACUGCAGGGAGUGCUACAUGUGGAGGGACGGAGCAUGUUUAACCCAGGAAACCAUGUUUAUAAUCCGAAAGAAGACACAGAUUCUCAGAGCAAGAUUCUCGCGCUGUUGCUACACAAGAGCUUAGUUUCUGUUGAAAAGGAUGAUCCUCAAGGUCUUGAGCUGGCCAAUAAACUAGCUGAAUUAGAGGAGCUGCGGGCGCUGGGGGAGGACCUGGAGCUGGAGAGGGAUAUCACAGCCAAUUUGGCAGAAGGCAAAUCCAUAACUAGGAAGAGGGGCGAACCUUGCUUCUGGAAGUACUGUGUCUGACACAUGCAAGAGGAGGAGGAACACUGUGAACAUCUUGCUGCGAAGCCCAACAUAGCCUUAAGACUCAAAACAACUGUAAUAUAAUCACACUGUAUUUAUCCCAGCAAUAUAGAGUUGUACCAUAAUCAAAGUCAUCAAUAAACAUUGUAACAUCUUUAAUCUGUAAAUAAUCAGCUAACACUGGAAAUACUUGAGGGUCAGAUAUGACAAAAUGUACUUGACAGCAAAGACAUACAAUUAUUUAACAAUGAUUUUAUUUGCCUACUGCUUGUGUUUAUGUUGCUCUCUUGUGGCCGAAUUGGGUCAAAUAUUGUUUGUACCGCUGCCAACAUGUCAGUCACUGCUUUUAGAAUGCACUGUUCAUUUUACAAAAUAAAUACAAUUAUAACGUGAA